AUGGAAUUCAAAGGCAGCGAUAGGGGCCCCUUUGUGCCCGCUCUGAUCAUCGUGGAUAUGCAGGAAGACUUCUGUCCACCCAAUGGAUCUCUCGCCGUUCAAGAUGGCCGAACAAUUACUCCACUGAUCAACGAUCUCCUCUCCCAGCCUGGAUUCGUGACGCGCAUCGCAACUCAAGACUAUCACCCCGCAGACCACAUUUCCUUCGCCAGCAACCAUCCCCCACCCAACAACCGACCGUUCGAAUCUUUCGUCGAGAUGAAGAACCCCGCACCGGAUAAGAAGACUGAAACCAAACCGCAGCAGCUCUGGCCGGUUCAUUGCGUGGCUGGUACCCCCGGAGCGGAGAUGAUACCCGAGAUUGACGCCGGUCGCAUUGAUCUGUUCGUUCAGAAGGGCAAGCACUCGCAGGUCGAGAUGUAUUCUGCCUUUGCGGAUGCCUUUGGAAAUCUAGACCCUGCCGUGACGGCGCAAUCUGUCAAUGUGGAUAUCGCAUCGGUGCUCGAGAAGAAAGGGGUUACGGAUGUAUUCGUCGUCGGGCUAGCGGGGGACUAUUGCGUGAAAUGCACUGCUAUCGAUGCCGUCAAGGCUGGAUUCCGCAGCUGGCUUAUCGAAGAGGGUACAAAGUGCGUGGUGCCUGCUAGUUGGGACAAGGUCAAAGAGGAGCUUCGAGUUGCGGGAGUGUCGGUCAUCCACGCUGGUGAUGCGAUUGUGAAGAAGCUGGCCGUAGCAGUGGCAUAG